ACUUCAUUUUAUAUUUUCCAUAUAUAUUAUUUCCGCUGCUGUUUGAUUUCACGCGAUGAUACGAAAAGAAAUGCCGCGCACUCGUGCAAGUGGCUGGCGUCGAGAAGACGAUUCUCGAAGCGAUCUCAAUAUCGAUAGUCUCGAACAACCGCGCGACACGUUGAUAGUUGAGUGUGGAGAGCGUAAAUACGUGGUAUGGUUGGUGAUAAGUCGGUAUCAGUCAAGAAAUCAAAAUACUACGAGAGUAAUUUAUAAGGAACAGAGAUACUACACGUAGAAGCUACGCUUAUGGUCGGCCGAUGGAGGAGCACGCGAAGGAAGAUUGCUGCGUAUUCGAGCAGUACACGUCGGUGAUCCACGAGAAGAAAGUUGACGAUAAUGCACCAUGCGAAGGCGCAAGACUACCCUAAACAUAACAGAGUCCGUCACAGAAAAUCUGGGAAAAGCUCGCCACCUAGUAAAAUGGUGGGAUUAGGUAGCGAAGAAUUGUUCGUCUCAAAUAUUGCCGACACUCCUAUGGAAUUAGAGAUCAGUUCUGAAGAUGAGGGUGAAGGCAGAGGUGAUAUGCAGCGAUUGAUCCCAUCAUCAGUUGGCACUAUCUGCGUUGAUCCAAGUAACAAGAAUGACGACUUGAGAGAAAGUGAGCCAGAAAACACAGUAGACGAUGAAAGCGUCUGGUCUAUCUCCAUCCAGAUGUUUAUACCUUUCCUACUUGCUGGCUUUGGAAUGGUAGCCGCUAGUUUGCUGUUAGACGUGGUACAGCACUGGCCAGUAUAUCAGGUGGUAUCGGAAGUGUAUAUAUUAGUUCCUGCACUAUUGGGUCUAAAAGGAAAUCUAGAAAUGACGUUAGCCUCCAGAUUAUCGACUCAGGCUAAUUUAGGUCAAAUGGAUACGAAAAAGCAGAAAUGGACGUUGAUCGUCGGUAACUUGGCCUUAAUCCAGUGCCAGGCUAUGGUAGUGGGUCUGCUGGCAUCUUUGGCCGCCAUCAUCCUCGGUUGGGUCCCUGAGGCUCACUUUGAUAUGCACCAUGGGCUUUUGCUGUGUGCCAGCGCCUUGAUCACUGCCUCUGUAGCCAGUUUCCUGCUAGGCCUCGUGAUGGUCGCGGUCAUACUAUUAUCACGGCAAAUGAACAUCAAUCCUGAUAACGUUGCUACUCCAAUCGCGGCCUCCUUAGGCGACUUAACUACUUUAGCUCUUUUGUCCUGGAUCUCUUCUCUUUUAUACGACGCGAUAGGUAACGCUCCAUGGAUAGCGCCGAUAUUAAUAACAUUUUGUGUAUUGGCAACUCCCGUAUGGGGUUACAUAGCAGCUAGGAAUCCAUUCACUAAAGAAGUAUUGGAUACCGGCUGGACGCCUGUGAUAUCCGCAAUGUUGAUCAGCAGUCUCGGUGGGCUGAUCUUGGAUUAUACCAUAUCGAGUUACAAGGGCAUAGCGGUUUUCCAAUUAGUGAUUAAUGGCGUCGGAGGGAAUUUAGUUGCUGUUCAGGCCAGUAGAAUAUCAACAUCUCUGCAUAAAGACUGUCAGACGGGUGUCAAAACGAUACCCAAUGUUUGCAUCAGUCCAUUCCAUGCAUUUUUCGCCAAAGGGGGACAUGCAAGAACAGCUAGAGUGUUGCUGAUGAUGGUGAUACCAGGGCAUUUGAUCUUUAGUUAUACCAUUAGUUAUAUUCAAGCAGGGCAUACCUCCUUUACGCCUAUAUUUAUUACGAUAUAUUUAAUCGCUGCAAUGUUACAAGUAGUCCUAUUGUUAUAUAUUGCGCAAUUGAUGGUUGUUUGGAUGUGGACAAGGGGUAUGGAUCCUGACAGCUCCGCAAUACCAUACCUGACAGCGGCUGGAGACCUUAUAGGAACUGCCCUCCUUGGAAUUGCCUUCCAUAUUCUUUAUGCCAUAGGCGACGGCGACUCUGAUGUAGGAGACUGA